GCCUUAAUGAUUGCAUCUCAAAAUGGACACGACAAGGUGGUAGAUAUUCUUAUUAAAGAAGGAGCAGACAUAAAUCAUGUGGAAGAUGAUGGAUAUAAUGCCUUAAUGAUUGCAUCUCAAAAUGAACACGACAAGAUGGUAGAUAUUCUUAUUAAAGAAGGAGCAGACAUAAAUCAUGUGGAAGAUGAUGGAUAUAAUGCCUUUAUGAUUGCAUCUCGAAAUGGACACGACAAGGUGGUAGAUAUUCUAAUUAAAGCAGGAGCAGAAAUAAACUAUUUAAAACAAGAUGGAUAUAAUGCCUUAAUGAUUGCAUCUCAGAAUGGACACGACAAGGUCAUAGAUAUUCUAAUUAAAGCAGGAGCAGAAAUAAACUAUGUAAAACAAGAUGGAUAUAAUGCCUUUAUGAUUGCUUCUGAAAAUGGACACGACAAGGUGGUAGAUAUUCUUAUUAAAUCAGGAGCAGAAAUAAACUAUGUAAAACAAAAUGGAUAUAAUGCCUUAAUGAUUGCAUCUCUAAAUGGACACGACAAGGUGGUAGAUAUUCUAACUAAAACAGGAGCAGAAAUAAACUAUGUAAAACAAAAUGGAUAUAAUGCCUUAAUGAUUGCAUCUCAAAAUGGACACGACAAGGUGGUAGAUAUUCUUAUUAAAGCAGGAGCAGACAUAAACUAUGUAAAACAAGAUAGAUAUAAUGCCUUAAUGAUUGCUUCUGAAAAUGGACACGACAAGGUGGUAGAUAUUCUUAUUAAAUCAGGAGCAGAAAUAAAUUAUGUAAAACAAAAUGGAUAUAAUGCCUUAAUGAUUGCAUCUCUAAAAGGACACGACAAGGUGGUAGAUAUUCUAACUAAAACAGGAGCAGAAAUAAACUAUGUAAAACAAAAUGGAUAUAAUGCCUUAAUGGUUGCAUCUCACAAUGGACUCGACAAGGUGGUAGAUAUUCUUAUUAAAGCAGGAGCAGACAUAAACUAUGUAAAACAAGAUGGAUAUAAUGCCUUAAUGAUUGCAUCUCUAAAUGGACACGACAAGGUUGUAGAUAUUCUUAUUAAAGCAGGAGCAGACAUAAACUAUGUAAAACAAGAUGGAUAUAAUGCCUUAAUGAUUGCUUCUGAAAAUGGACACGACAAGGUGGUAGAUAUUCUUAUUAAAUCAGGAGCAGAAAUAAACUAUGCAAAACAAAAUGGAUAUAAUGCCUCAAUGAUUGCAUCUCUAAAAGGACACGACAAGGUGGUAGAUAUUCUAACUAAAACAGGAGCAGAAAUAAACUAUGGAGCAGAUAUAAACUAUGUAAAACAAGAUGGAUAUAAUGCCUUAAUGAUUGCAUCUCUAAAUGGACACGACAUGGUGGUAGAUAUUCUUAUUAAAGCAGGAGCAGACAUAAACUAUGUAAAACAAGAUGGAUAUAAUGCCUUAAUGAUUGCUUCUGAAAAUGGACACGACAAGGUGGUAGAUAUUCUUAUUAAAUCAGGAGCAGAAAUAAACUAUGUAAAACAAAAUGGAUAUAAUGCCUUAAUGAUUGCAUCUCUACAUGGACACGACAAGGUGGUAGAUAUUCUUUUUAAAGCAAGAGCAGAAAUAAACUAUGUAAAUCAAGAUGGAUAUAAUGCCUUAAUUAUUGCAUCUCAAAAUGGACACGACAAAGUGGUAGAUAAUAUAAUAAACGGUGGAGCAGACAUAACUUAUGAAGCGGAAAUAGCUAAAGACACUUCAUUUUUAUGUGAUCGAAAAAAUGAUUCUGAAGAUUGCCUCAUUACGUUUAGCUUAACAACGACUCUAUUGUUGGAAUUAAUUGAUGCAUGUUUUCUUGCAUUUGAAAAUAAGCACAAACAUGUUAUUGAUAUGUUAUCUUCAAUGAACUUUGAAAUUUUUGAUAAAACAACAUCAACAAAAAUGUUUUAUUUUUUAAUAUCUAUAUUUACCACUGCAACUGCAAAGAAAAAGUUAAAGCUUGACUAUGGGAUCCAAAAUUUCGCCGACACUUGCCCGAAUGGGACAAAUGCCCAAAUGGGAAAAGAUGCACGAAUGCUAUGA